UACCGCAAGCUGCUGCUCCAGCACUCAGUCAUGAGCAUGUCUCCUUCACGGUCCAUAUUGCUGGUGGGAGAAGGUAACUUCUCAUUUUCUGCAUCUGCAAGCCAGUUGUACUCUGAGACAGACACCAGUUUAACGGCAACGUGCCUGCAGCAUCAGGAGGAGGCACUGCGGCAUGAAGGUGCUGCCAAUAACAUUAAGAUAGUCAAGGACUCAGGUGGAGCGGUGCUUUUUGAGGUGGAUUGCACAAAGCUAGGGGAAUGUGCCUCUCUCCAGGGCCGUGUAUUUGAUCGCGUGGUGUUUAACUUUCCUCACUGUGGGAGAAAGAGUGGGGUUAAAAAGAACAGAAACCUUCUUAAAAAUUUCUUCCUCAGUUGUGUUCAGGUGUUGUCUGAACACGGGGAGGUUCAUGUUGGCUUGUGCAACGGACAGGGUGGGACACCAGCGGACCAUCCACAGCGAGAGUGGCACAAUAGCUGGCAGGUAGCUGCCAUGGCAGCAGAGGCACAGCUAAUCCUUAGUGAUGUCCGUCCUUUUGAAAGUGAGAAAUACCAGAGCUACAAGUGCACUGGAUACAGGAGCCAGGAUAAGGGCUUUCAUGUGGAGAAAGGUUUGCUCCACGUGUUUACUCGCAGCCUCCCCUACACCCCUGCUCGGGUACUUACGAUUGAGGAGGCUGUUGAAGGGUACAGAGUCCAGUAUAACAUACCAGCCGAGCUCAGUAAUUACAUAUUCAGGGGAUUUCUUUGCCCAGGUUCUAUCCACCCCGUCAGGUUGGUGCAAGAUUUUCUUCUCAAAGGACUGGCUGAGAAGUGGCCUGUCUCCAUGAUGACAGAGACAGUUCCCCUCCUCCUCACGACCAAACAGCUGCAGACGUGCUGUGACGUCGACAGUACACACUGCUAUUGGAUCCACCUGCUUCAGAAAGACCUCAUUUCUGACACUCACACUUCUACAGACAAGGAAAAAGAUCACUUGGACAGUCAGGGACGCACAGACACACAAGACUCUCUGUCAGCCACAUGUGUUACCUCAGAUAAAGUGGACAGGGUGAGGAGCAAAGGGGAUGAGAGCUUAAGGUCUGCAUGCUCUCUUGAUGUUCAUCCUGAAUGGGGAAGUGGUCUUUAUAUGCUGCGUCCAUCAUUGCUCCCUCAGAUGGAAGAGCUUCUAACUAAAAAAAAACAGUUGAUUAACAAUGCAGGGAGUCAUGGGGACAACGAGGGGAAUAAUAAAAGUGUUGAGGUUGAAGGACAUAAGAAGGAGGGUCCCCGUGGGGGCUCUAAUGGUGUCACCAGCUUGUUAUUUGGCAUUAGUGGCCUGGUGUUCAAGAACGUGACUGUCAACCUCUGGGCUCUGCCUGCCUUUCACGAGCUCCUCCUCAGAGGUGUUUUCCCUUUGGAAUGUGAGCCAAUCAAAUUGCUUGGGCAAAGGCUGGAAACGCUGCUCGCACCCUAUGGUGUCUCCCUGGUCGCAGAACAGGGGGAUCUGCGUCUGAUGGCACAGCCAAUGGGUUGUGUUGGUAAGGUGUUAGCAAACGUUUUAAGUGACAAUAUUAGCAAUGUCGGUGUCACUGUGUCCUUAAAUUUGGACCUUCUCGCUGUGCUCCUGUUCUCACUCCCCGACUGGAGGCUUCUGUGGUCACAUGAUCCACGAUUUUUGCAACACUUUGCACUCCACCCAUCACCAGGGAAACCUUUCCACCCAUUCUCCCUGUUCCCAGAGCACUUCAGCUUUGACAUCAGCUUCUGGACAGGGCCGACAUGGGAAGAGAUGAAGUUCCAUGCUCUGAUCCGAGAGGCCAGUCAUGGGACCGUGGAACAAGUUAAACUGAUUGACACAUUCUCACAUCCUGACCUGAGCCAGACCAGUUACUGCUACAGACUCAUCUACCACUCAAACACACAUGCUCUGUCACACACACAAGCUCUCCAGUUCCAUAAAGACCUGGAAUCCUUUCUUACCUCUCGGUUGCAAGUCACCAUCAGGUAGCAACAUUUGAAUCUCUAGGAAGAUCAUGGACUUCUUAUUUUUUUCAGAAAAUGUAAGUCUGUUUGUUACUGCUACGUAUAAUCUGCCAAACUGUAGUUGAACAGUGUUUACAGUAGUUGAGGCAUUGUGUGCUAUGUCUUUGAAAUGUACCAGUAAUUGGAAUUCUGUGUAUCUGUGUGUAUUUUGAUUGUCAUUCAACAAACAUAAUAUGUUUGCUCUAUCGAGAAUUAUUAGUAAAUAAAACAGCCCUGAAAUGAAAAAAAAAAAAGUGUCGUUACAAGCAAAGCCUCAUCCAUUCAUA